AUGGAAACUUGUCGUACUUGUGCCAAAUGUGAUUUUGAUAAUGAAACCCAAUGGUUUGAUUUAUUUAAUGCUCCUCGUUGGCAACUGGAAACGGAACGCAUACAUUUAGAAUUAAAUACUUGGAAAAUAAAGAUUUCAUGUAACGACGGUUUGCCACAAAAAAUUUGCACCGAUUGUUUUUCGAAAUUUUGCACAGUCUCCUCAUUUCGUCUGCAAUGCCUGGAGGCACAAACCAUAUUAAGCAAUAUAUUCGAUAAAAUCGAUACACAAAGUAUACAGGAUGAUGAAGUUUUCGAGGGUUUUGCUAAUGAACAGGAUAACGAUCUAUUAAGUGGGGUAAAAAUUGCAACAACACAAGCAGCAGUAGCAGCGACAGCAGCAGAAGUGGUACAACAUUUAAAGUCAAUUGAGCACACAUUAGAGACAAAAGCAGAAAAGAGCACAAACAGUAAUAAUAGUAGCAGCAGCAACAGCAACAACAAUAAUACAAACAAUGAAAAUAUCAACAAUUUUAGUGAAAUUUUAAAUCUAAAUCCUAAUAACAACACCGAGGUUUCAUUUAGAGCCAUAACCAAAUUACCAGACACUGCCGUUUUAGCAAACGAAAAUAAAACACAUUUUAAUCACAUUUUAGUAGAUGAAGAAGAUGAUAUUAAUAAUAACACCAAUAACAACAAAAAUAACAGCAAUAAUACAAAUGAUGAAGAUGCCUCCACCAGUAAUCUCACUACUUUAAAUAAUAACGUAAACACAACACUACCAGAAGAUACCAACGAUUUAGAUGAAAAUGAUCUUAUAGAAGAACUUAUCGAAGAACUAGACAUCAUAGAAGAAAUCACCGAUGAAGAAGAGCCGCAUGAGGAGUUUGAUUACGACUUGGAGCAAAAUGAGGAAAACAUACCAACUACACAUAUCACCAUGUCCCAUUUUAGCGACAAUGAAGAUGAUCAUUUAGACGAUCAUUUAACAAUAUCAUUUGAAUGUAAAUACUGCUACAAAUGGAAGAAUAGUGCAGCCGAAAAUUUUCUCACCCAGCAAGAGCUAUUGGCCCACAUUACCAAAUGGCACAGCUCGGAGCAACCCUACAAUUGUCCCUAUUGCAAGCAAAUGUUUAUGGAUGCUGCUUCUAGGACAACACAUUUAAAGGACGAACACAGUCAAAAGGUGUACGAGUGUGAGACGUGUGGUAAAAAAUAUGCCGAUAAAUUCAAUUUGAAGAAUCAUGUUGAAAAGUAUCACAGUGGUACGGAUUUCGAUUGUACCCUGUGCGGCAAGAGUUUUUGUUCAAGCAAAAGUCUAAACUAUCACAUGAAAUGGCACAAUCCAGAGGAACAGUUAAAGUGCAGCUACUGUGAUCGUUUGUUUAUCAAUCAGCGGCAUUUGAAAGGUCAUGAGGAGACUCAUACGGGAUUUCGUAGUCAGGAGGUUUGUUCGUUUUGUGGUAAAAACUUUUUUCAUUUGAAAACUCUUAGAUGGCAUAUUUACCGUCAGCAUGGUGGUGAAAAACCUUAUAAAUGUGCCAGAUGUACAGAAGUUUUCACCUCAUACUUUGAAAAACGUUUACACAUGCUCGAGUAUCAUUUGGAUAAUCUAACGUUGAUCGAAAAGACCGAAUGUAUGCUGUGUCAUAAACGUUACGACAAUGAGCUGGUACUAAAAGAUCACAUGUUGGAAGAUCACAAGGAAAAUAAAGGAGCCGUUAAAAUAGCCAACAAUAAACGGGUAAUAAUGAAUAAGAAACCAAAAAGCUUUACGGGAAUAUUUCAAUGUGAAAAAUGUGAUAAAAGAUUUAAUAUGAAAUCGGCUUUAGAAAGACAUAUGGCGGUGCACUCCACGGAGGGAAGACCUCAUGCCUGUCCCCAAUGUCCUAAACGCUUUAAACGUUCGCAAGACAUGAAGUGGCAUUUGAAAACACAUUCCUCCGAGAAACCCAAUAUCUGUGAUGUUUGUGGCAAGGGAUUUGCUUUGAAAUAUGUGUUGACCCAGCAUCGCCGAAGUCAUGAAGUUUUAGAGAAGAACUUUACUUGCACCACCUGUGGAAGAUCAUAUCUCUUCGAAAAGUCAUUGCGUCUGCAUGAACGCAUACACAGUGGAAAAACUUAUUACAAAUGUGAUUUGUGCAGUGAAAGUUUUGUGACACAUAUUAAGUUUAAAUGGCAUAUGAAAAAAAUGCACGAUGAGGAAGAGGUGGCUGCUACAAAUUUAAAUCCUAAUAAAAACAAAACUAACAUUGAGCUGCCAUUGGACGAUUUGGUCAAUAUUGUGAUUACUUAGCAAUAAAUUUUACAAUUUUAGGACAAUAUUUUAC